AUGGAAAUCAUCAUAGUCGGGGCCGGUAUUAGUGGCUGCUCAGCCUAUCUUUCGCUAAAAAAGCAUCUCCCCCAGCCACCGGCGCCUGCAGAAAACCACACUUACACCAUCUAUGAAGCCUAUGAUACAGCCCGGGACACAACGUUCCAGGAAAGACCUGCUUCUGUCACUGGUGAAGGAACUACCCGAUCCGCAACCUUAGUUGUGGGCGGCGGACUAGGUAUCGGGCCCAAUGGGUUGAACGUACUGCGAAGACUUGACGAGUCCCUGUUACAAGAUGUCGUCCGCAGUGGAUAUCCAUACUCAGAGUUCCACAUCAAAAGCGCCUAUGGGUGGACAUUGAUGCAGGUGCAAGCAACAGCGGAGGUAAAUGGGCACGCAAUGAACUCGGUGGCCAUGAGCCGUCACUCAAUCUGGCAAUGUCUGCGGGACCGUAUCCCAGAUGAUGUGAUUGUGAACAAGAAGAUUGCAAGAGUAGUUCCCAAUGGAAGUCCUACUGGCAAAAAUCUUAUCACAUUCGUUGACGGAAGUGAACCUGUCGAAGCCGAUUUAGUGAUAGGCGCCGACGGACUCAAGUCAACGGUGAAACGGGCUCUCUUUGAUGUCGAGAACCCAGAAGAUGAUCCCUACCCUCCAAAAUACGAAGGUCUUGUCGGAGUGGGUGGCUUCACACCCGUUACAGAGAGUCUACGGCGCAACAUUCCAGAUGGUAUUAUGACAAUCACUUUUGGUGGAUCAGGCAUGUUCGGCUAUGUCUACUCAUCCAGCUCCCAAUCAAAUGAGCAUCGGGCAUCAGCAGACCACAUUUCAUCACCUGGAGACACGCUCACUUGGUGGUCCACUUACGGGAUGAAAGAGACCCCAGAUCCUAAAACUGUAGAUCGAAAUGCGAUCACAGAAGACCUACGGAAACGACACGCGAACUGGAGUGAUCCUGUCAUCCAGGAAAUCAUUCGAUCAGUGAAUGUAGAGACAAUGUACCCGACAUGGACGACGCCCGAGUUGCCGAUCUGGGAUCGAGAUGGCAUCGUGCUACUAGGUGAUGCAGCACAUGCAUUGCCACCAACGUCGGGGCAAGGCUCAGCCCAGGCACUGGAAGAUUCAGAAUCAUUCCCGAUGAUGUUGGCUCAUUAUCUGAAGGGAGUAUAUGGGAAUGCCUCUACUGCGGAGUUCACGGAGAAGGAUGCCAUUCAACUUGCUGCAAAGAAACACAUGGCUCUGCGGUAUCCUCGGGUCAAGGCUCUCCUUAAUGAGGCCCAGCAACGCCAGCAGAAAAAGCAGGAGAAGGGUAUCGUGGGCGAAUUUGUGAUGUAUUUGAUUUUGUGGAUGGUUGGCCUUUUCUCCCCGGCGAACCCCGCGAAGGAUGUGCUUGAGUAUAACAUCGCAGAUGAAGUGCAGAAAGUACUCGCGGAAGAUACGUAA